CAUAGAGCGGAUUGUUUUCGUCUAGUCUAUUCCCUGGCGUUUUCUUCUUUGGGCAUGUAUUCAUUAACUCGCGCUUAGAUUUAACCUCAACCCCUUAUCUUGUACUUGCCAGUACCCUACAUAUUCUCUUUCCCUAUCUCUACUCGUUUUUCUUUUGUUCUUGUGAACCGUGUCACUGGUUCCUUUGGGAAGCCCCCCUUCUCCCUGGCAAACAUAUGGUUUCAAUGGCGACAGACGGUCAUGUACAUUUCCCUCGGCGGCCGUCAACAGCGCAGGGCAGCCAGACUAUGCGGUCUCUGCACCUAAGCCGGACAUCAACAGACUCGCGGCCUACGACAGCACAGUCGAUGCGGUCACCGACAGGAGAUGGAUUUGCAAACCAUCGGGCACUCACACUGGGCCUGACAAAAGCCGAGGCGCGGCCGCCCAUGCCGUGGUUUGCCAAGAAGGAAGAGCCCGUAUCGCCGCUGGCUGCACACUCGCCUGGUGCUGCCACACAACGGCUACGGCUGCCGAAGCGGCGAGCGGGAUCAACAGCGCGCAGCAACUCGGCGGCUACAGUCAUUGAUAUAGACAACAUAGGCGGGCCAAUGUCUGUGCCCUCUGGGCUGCCAGAGGUGCCGUACACAGAGGCAGACAACGACUCAGUCACAAGCUAUCCGGCUACCUUGACAGAUGCUGGCUUUCCUGCAGAUACAUCAACAAAACCGGUCCGUGGCACGCGCAGCAUGAGUGCUGUGCGGAACAGCAUUGCGCUGAGUGCAUCAUCUCGCGCCAGUCUGACACAUCGGCUCAGUGCCAGCGGCUACAUGACGUAUACUCCUAGCAGCUCUGUUACGCCGACGCUGCCGGUAUAUGCGCGGCCACCAGCGUACAGCUCUGAGCUGCCGCGACUGUCUGGUGAGACCCCAUCCAACAGCGUUGAGCUGACGAUCCGCCUCAGCGUCGAUGCCAGCCGUGCGCUCAGCUACCAGCGGCUGCUCGAAGGUGACACGGUACUGGCAGACCUGGUGUUGCUCGAGGACGAGUUCCAGCGCACCGUGACACCCGCGCGCGCAGGGUUCGGGCGCAAGCUGAUUGGCCUGUACUUUGCUGCGACGUGGAGUGCCGAGUGCGACGAGUUCUCGCCAAAGCUAGCCGGAGUGUCGUCAGCACACUCGUACGACCUUGUUGUGGUCCAUGUGUCGGCCGACAACCAUCCCGCGGAUAUGGCGCGGCUGAUGGGCAGCACCGGCUGGCUGGGAGUGCCGUGGAGCGAGCGCGGAGUGCGCGAGGAUCUGAUGGAGCGGCUAGGCGUCAGUGUCAGCGACCUGCCGGUCCUGGUGGUGCUCGAUGGAAUGACGCACCGGGUGAUCACCACGCGCGGAAGGCAAGACGUGGAGGCGAGCCCGCUGACAUGCGUGGCCGAGUGGAUGGAGAGCCGCAGCGGACUAUCGUGGUGGAAGAGAGCAACGCCAUGGUAAGUUGGUCAUGGUGAAACCUUGGCACCCAUUUUGGUGCUAUGCUCUGUCUCUUGUCCAUGAAGGGUUUGCUGCUGGCCUUUUUUUUUUGAUACGCGCUCUUUUCACUUUUGUCUAUAUCCUCCCUCCCUCUACACAUUGCGAUCUCGACUUGGGUAGUCAGCACGACUUGUCUUGUCGGUUCUGAUUCAUACACCACACAUGCAUCUCGUCUCUUGCACCUACACGUAGAGAAGAAUCAGACGCCCCGAGACUAGAACCGCAACCCCAAUUAUAAUGUUUAUUUUUAUAUCGUCUCUUGAAUACAAAGCUAAAACCGGUGCUGCUACUCUUGGCAAAUGUAGGGUCGCGCGAUUCAUC